AUGAGUACCAAUAAGUUCGUUGUACGAAUAACGAAUGCGCUCUUCAAGUCAUCACUGGCUAGCAACAGUCCACCUGUUUACCCUAAGAGGAUUAGGCAUUUCGAGAUUUUACCCAACGAAAAAUGGGUUAUAUGGGGACCUGGAAAGGGCAAGUUCUUGGAUGUACUGAAUAACAAGUAUAUUUGUGAGCCCCCAUUAUCUUUGAGGUUUGGAUUUUUGAAGGAAAGUUCGAACAUCCUGCCGAGGAUAGAGCAAGUGGCCUUCAAAGGGGUUAUGCCAACGGCUCAUUUAAGUGCUAGAUAUGAAUACUUCAAAGAUGACUACGAUCAAACCUGCAAACAGUUUAUAUUUGAUAAGGCAAGCGGAUCAAAUGCUGUUUCAUAUAAAGUUGAGACGAACAAUCGGCAAAUAAACAUGGAGCUGUACAAUGCAUUAGUUGAAAAUUUAAACCUCUCCAGUUUACAGGAUAGGUGGGUAAUGGGAUUGAGUAAUGGACAAAUGAGGAGAGCAAGGUUAGCUCGUAGUAUACUCAAGGAACCGGAUCUACUACUUAUUGACGACCCAUUUUUAGGGUUGGAUCCAGCCGCAAUAGCAACCAUUUCACAAUUUUUAGCCAAAUAUGAUAGUAUAGAAGUCAGUGGCGGAUGUCCAAUCGUCAUUGGUUUGAGGUAUCAAGAUACCAUUCCAGCAUGGUGUACUCAUAUAUGUUGCGUUGAUGAGAAAAACGGUAUAUUGUUUGAAGGCCCAAUCGAAAAACUUCAAAGUAAAAUGGAUGAAACCAGAUCAAGGGCACUAAAAGAACUAGAGCAGCUCAAAAAAGCGUCUAAUUCCAAAGAGGACAUUUCCAUUAACGAUUUGAUUUGUAUACAUCCUAUGUAUGGCAAGAAAGAGCACGAAAUUAUCAAAAUGCCUCAUCUUAUAGAAUUAGACGGGUUGAGCGUUUCAUACAAAGGCGAAGCUGUUUUGGAAAAUCUGCACUGGAAAGUUCAGCCGGGUUCGAAAUGGCAUAUAAGAGGUGACAAUGGGUCAGGUAAGUCGACCUUAUUAUCUUUGCUUACGGCGGAACAUCCCCAAUCGUGGAAUUCGAGGGUGAUAGAUAAUGGCGUCCCACGAAGAACAGGUAAAACAAACUACUUUGACCUAAACAGCAAAAUAGGUAUGUCAUCACCCGAAUUACACGCAAUUUUUUUGAAGAAUGCUGGAGGAAGGCUAAACAUUCGGGAAAGUGUUGCAACUGGCUAUCAUGAGGCGUCCUCCAACAAUUACCUACCCAUAUGGAAGCGCUUGGACAAAAAUAGCCAAGAAAUAGUGAAUAUGUAUCUGAAAUAUUUUGGCCUGGACAAAGACGCCGAUAGUGUUUUAUUUGAACAGUUGUCCGUAAGUGACCAGAAACUAGUCCUUUUUGUCAGGUCUUUAAUUAAGAUGCCGCAAAUAUUGAUUCUCGAUGAGGCAUUUUCUGGAAUGGAGGUAGAACCUAUGAUGCGUUGUCAUGAAUUUUUAGAGGAGUGGCCUGGAACAGUCCUUGUAGUGGCACACGUUGCCGAAGAGACACCAAAAUGUGCCCAUUACUUAAGGCUCAUAUCUCCUGGAGAGUAUGAAAUAGGCGAUAUGGAAAAUUAA